CCAAAACUAACACAGAGUCAGCUAUAAUACCAAUUCAUUUCAAGAUAUAAGACUGCCUUUCUGAUCAUUUUCUUCAUCCACAACUCAUAUUUGUUCUCAUCUCAUACCUAAAUCCCCUUCUCCUGAAACAUCAUCAUCAUCAUCGAUCAUAAACUAUGGCUACUGAACAGGUAAUGGUGGAUGAAAUUGCGUUUCCUCCACAGAUCACAACAACCUCCAAGCCAUUAUCCUUGCUUGGCCACGGAAUUACGGACAUCGAGAUACACUUUCUCCAGAUUAAGUUCACAGCAAUAGGAGUUUAUCUGGAACCUCAAGUUGUGAGUCACUUGCAACAAUGGAAGGGUAAACCAGGGAAUGAGUUGAAAGAAAAUGAUGAUUUCUUUGAGACCCUUGUCUCAGCUCCGGUGGAGAAAUUUUUAAGAGUAGUGGUGAUUAAGGAGAUCAAGGGUUCCCAAUAUGGAACACAACUAGAGGGUGCAGUAAGGGACAGAUUGGCAGCCGAUGACAAAUAUGAAGAGGAGGAAGAAGAAGCAUUGGAGAAACUUGUGGAGUUCUUCCAAUCCAAGUAUUUGAAGAAGAAUUCCAUCAUCACAUACCAUUUCCCACCAAAUUCACCAACUGCUGAGAUUGUAUUUUCCACAGAAGGAAAGGAGGAUGCAAAAUUCAAAGUGGAGAAUGGGAAUGUGGUGGAGAUGAUCCAGAAAUGGUAUUUGGGAGGAACAAGAGGGGUUUCUCCUACAACCAUUGCCUCCUUGGCUAACAACCUGUCUGCAGAGUUAUCUAAAUGAGCUUUUACUGUUUGAUUGUUAUGAUAUCAUGCCAUGUGUGUCAUGUGAGCCUGUGCUGUUGUUUUACGCUUCUCUAUUAGCAUUAAUAAAAAGAGUUUCUAUUU